AUGGGACAGCAUGGUUACCCACCGGCGACGCUGCCUCACUAUCUUCCACUCGUCUAUUUUUCCGAUCCUACACUCCCACCGCCAUGGACUGGCAUGUUCGACGGUAACCUUGGGGUGGUGUACUAUUGGAACGCCCAAACCAACGUUUCUCAGUAUGAACAUCCGGCCUCUUCCAGUUACCCAACCACCCAUCUCAUCAAUUCUCCAAUCCCCCAAUUUUGGAACUCACAUGUGCCGCUGGACUACACAACCAACUCGCCUCACCGUCUCACAACACCGACGCCCACCGAUCUUGCUGCACCCUCUAACAUGGGAACCGGCUCCGUUGCACAUCCGCUUCAUACCUCUCUGGAAAUCCCAGACCCGAAUUCAAAGCCCCAUCUGGACUAUGCAACUCACAAACCCAGAUUGUCCAAGCGAGAGAAACGUAGAAAGCUCCUUGCUUUGCGAGGUUCAGAGGCGGAAGGAGGAGGAGAAGAAAAAGAAGAAGAAGAGGAAGAAAAUGGAUCUUUGAGUUCAGAGGAAAAUGAGGUUGUGAAGGAGGAGGCUAAGAAGCCAAAGAAAAAGAAUAAGAAGAAGAAGAGAAAGGAGCCAAAGAAUGAGGAAGAGAAGAAGGAUGGUGAGCUUGGGACUGAGGAGCGGAGUGUCAAAGAGACGGGUAACAACAGUGAUAGAAAAGCGAAUGGGGAUGUUCCUACAAAGGUUUUUGUGGGAGGCAUUCCUUAUUACUCGACUGAGGACGAUAUUCGAAGUUACUUUGAAGGCUGUGGCACAAUAACUGAAGUUGAUUGUCUGAGGUUUCCUGAGAGUGGGAAGUUUAGAGGAAUUGCUAUUAUUAGCUUCAAGACAGAAGCUGCAGCUAAACGAGCCUUGGCUCUUGAUGGAGCUGAAAUGGGUGAACUAUUUCUGAAAAUCCAGCCUUACAAGGCAACUCGAGCCAAUAAAGUAUCUGAUUUUGCCCCACAAACUGUGGAGGGGUACAAUAGAAUCUAUGUUGAAAAUUUGUCAUGGGAUAUUACUGAGGAUGAUCUGAAGAAACUUUUCUCAGAUUGCAAGAUAUCAUCUAUACAUUUUGGUACGGAUGAGGAAACAGGGGAAUUCCGAGGUUAUGCUGACGUGAAUUUCUCUGAUAGUCUCUCGCUGACGCUGGCAUUGAAGUUAGAUCAGAAGGUUGUAUGUGGAAGACCUGUCAAGAUAAGCUGUGCAGUACCUCUGAAAAGAGUGGAGAUCCCUUCAAAAUCUGCACCUAUGACUUCGAGUACCCUUUCAAUAUCAGUAGCCCCAACCACAGGUGCCCAUUUGAUACCAGUAACUACAACUACAGAUACAGGAGCUGAUAAUACUGAGUUGAGUUCUGUCAGUGGUAAGAUUAAAAGGAGGACAUGCUACCGGUGUGGUGAAAAGGGACAUCUCUUGUCCGCUUGUCCAAUUUCAGCAACUAUGUUUUCAAGUACGCAUUCAAUAUCCAUAGCUACAACUACAAGUACUGAUUCGAUACCAGUAGCUACAACAAGAAGUACCAAUUCGAUUCCAGUAGCUACAACUACAAGGACCAAUUCGAUACCAGUAGCUGCAACUACAAGGACCAAUUCGAUACCAGUAGCUACAACUACAAGUACAGGAGCUGAUAAUGGUGGGUUGAGUGCCGUCAGUGGUAAGAUUAAGAGAAGGACAUGCUACCGGUGUGGUGAAAAGGGACACCUCUUGUCCGCUUGUCCAAUUUCAGCAACUACAUUUUCAAGUACCCAUUCAAUAUCCAUAGCCACAACUACAAGUACUGAUUCGAUACCAGUAGCUACAACAAGAAGUACCAAUUCAAUACCAGCAGCUACAACUACAAGGACCAAUUCGAUACCAGUAACUGCAGCUACAAGGACCAAUUCGAUACCAGUAGCUACAACUACAAGUACAGGAGCUGAUAAUGGUGGGUUGAGUGCUGUCAGUGGUAAGAUGAAGAGAAGGACAUGCUACUGGUGUGGUGAAAAGGGACAUCUCUUGUCCGCUUGUCCAAUUUCAGCAACUACGUUUUCAAGUACCCAUUCAAUAUCCAUAGCUACGACUACAAGUACUGAUUCAUGCCACUAGCUACAACUACAGGUGCCAAUUCGAUACCAGUAGCUACAACUACGAGGACCAAUUCGAUACCAGUAGCCAGAAGCUGAUAAUGUUGGGUUGAGUGCCAUCAGUGGUAAGAUUAAGAGAAGGACAUGCUACCGGUGUGGUGAAAAGGGACAUCUCUUAUCCGCUUGUCCAAUUUCAGCAACGUUUUCAAGUACCCGUUCAAUAUCCAUAGCUACAACUACAAGUACUGAUUGAUACCUGUAGCUUUAACGACUAGUACCAAUUCGAUACCAGUAGCUACAACUACAUGUACAGGAGCUGAUAAAGGUGGGUUGAGUGCCAUCAGUGGUAAGAUUAAGAGAAGGACAUGCUACCGGUGUGGUGAAAAGGGACAUCUCUUAUCCGCUUGUCCAAUUUCAGCAACGUUUUCAAGUACCCGUUCAAUAUCCAUAGCUACAACUACAAGUACUGAUUGAUACCUGUAGCUUUAACGACUAGUACCAAUUCGAUACCAGUAGCUACAACUACAUGUACAGGAGCUGAUAAAGGUGGGUUGAGUGCCAUCAGUGGUAAGAUUAAGAGAAGGACGUGCUACACGUCUGGUGAAAAGGGUCAUAUAUCUUCAGUUUUUCCAAAGAAGCAAUCUCCUGAUAACAAUGCGAGCAUGGACAGUGUCCUACGUUUUCCUGUUAACUAUAUGUUGGAAAAACAUAUUAUCCUUCUCAUCAAACUCACCAUGUCAAAUAGAAUGAAGAAGUGUUGCCAAUGUCUAGUCCAGUGGAAAAAGGUAUUGACUUGCAGACCAGUAAUAUCAAGUUCGAACCUUUGUAGUACCUUGAUAGGGUUAGUGUGUGCGUGUGUGUGUGCGUGUGUGUGUGUGUGUUUAUUGAUUGUAUUUAUAAAAUUU